AUGUCUCUGUGGGCGCCUCUCGUCGUCCUCGCGUUGCUCUCCUCGGCAGGCGAUGAAGCCGUCGACGCGAAGGUGCACCACAAACAUGGCAGGUUCACCACGGGCCCGUGGAAGCCGGCGCAUGCCACCUUCUACGGCGGACGCGAUGGGUCCGACACCCGUGCCGGCGCGUGCGGCUACAAGGACACGGUAGCGGAGGGGUACGGCCUGCAGACGGCGGCUGUGAGCACCGCGAUGUUCAACGCCGGUGAGACUUGCGGGGCAUGCUAUGAGGUGCGGUGCACGGACAGCCCGGAGUGGUGCAAGGCUGGCACGGCGCCUUUGACGGUGACAGCGACGAAUCUGUGCCCGCCCAACUACCAGUUGCCCGGCGACGACGGCGGGUGGUCCACCCCGCCGCGCGAGCACCUGGACCUCACCAUGCCAGCCUUCCUGCAGAUCGCGGAGGAGAAGGCCGGCAUUGUGCCCAUCUUGUACCGCCGUGUGCCUUGCAUGAGGCUGGGCGGGAUCCGGUACACGAUCACGGGGAACAAAUACUUCAACAUGGUGGCGGUCACGAACGUGGGCGGGGCGGGGGAUGUGGCGGCGCUCAAGGUGAAGGGGAACAAGCGCGUCAAGUGGACGUUGUUGCAGCGUAACUGGGGCCAGGUGUGGCAGACCUCCGAGGACCUCACCGGCGAGUCGCUCACAUUCCGCGUCAUGACCGGCGACCACCGCAAGCACACGUCCUGGCACGUCCUCCCGCGGGACUGGCAAUUCGGCGUCACCUACCAGGCACCCAAGAACUUCUAA